GUGAUUAUAAGUUUAUUUCCAGUUGCAUGUGAGCUAUUAUAGAAGAUAAUAUUUGUGAAUAGACAAGUCAUGGCUAUUGUAUGAAAUUUUUAUUUUAGUAUUGCCUCAGUUAUAGCUAGUGUUAGAAUUUCGUAAAUAGAACUACAUCAUGUGGCUAGAUGGAUUAUUGAAUUGUACAUCGACUGGUAUUAGUAUUAUUGCAGGUAUAAUAUGUUGGUAUUUCUUGAGAAGACCAAAAAAUUUUCCACCUGGUCCUCAUGGACUGCCUCUAGUUGGAUAUUUCCCUUUCUUGGGAAAAAAUACCGCAGAAACAUUGCGUCAAAUGAAGAAGAAAUAUGGGUCAGUAAUGUCUGUUCAAUUUGGACGUGAGGAUUGGGUAAUUCUGAACGACUACGAAGCUGUCAAUGAGGCAUUGGUGAAUCAGUCCGAGAAGUUUUCGGGACGCACAAGCAAUUUCGUUUUUGAUAUGUUAACGCAAGGGCGCGGAAUUGUUACAGCAGAUUAUGGACCUGAAUGGAAAGUCCUACACAAAUUUGGAUCCAAGACUUUAAGAGGAUUUGGAGUGGGUCGGAAAGGAAUGGAGGCAAAUAUUAUUGAGGAAAUGCCUUUGCUGAUUGAAAGUAUGCGUGAAAAUGACGGGAAAAGUUUAUAUAUGAAAUUUCAUGUUACUAUGGCCAACAUAAUCUGCAGAAUAGUAUUCGGUUCGAGAUUUGAAUAUGAAGACAAGAAAUUUCUUCACAUGCUUCAGAUGUUACAGAACCUUGUUUCAAAUAAUUUCAAUGCCACGAUGCUCAAGUUGGUCUUAUUAGCUCCAAUUUUAAGAUAUAUUCCACCUUUCAAGGGAAUCGUCGAAAAUGCAAUUGAAGAGAAUCACACUUUUAAACAAUAUAUGAGGGAGAUCAUACAGCAACAUAAAUCUAAUUUUAACGAACUUGACAUCCGCGAUCUAAUUGAUGCAUUUCUCAAUGAAAUGAAAACCAAAAAUGACGACGAUGCCUCCUUUAAUGAAUCAAACCUCAUUCAAUUCAUUAUUGAUUUAAUCGGAGCGGGUUCGGGAACUACUAGUGCUACACUGCAUUGGGCUAUAUUGGCUUUUGCCCACUUUUCUGAGUGCCAAGAAGAAAUAGCAAAAGAAAUUGAGAAUAUUUUGGGUGAAGAAGGGGUACCUAGCAUGGAGCAUAAAGAUGAAAUGCCUUAUACUUGUGCAUUUAUACAAGAACUAAUGAGACAUCGUACAUUGUCCCCACUUACCGUGCUUCACAAAACAAACGAAAAAGCAAUUUUGAAUGGGUAUACUAUUCCAAAGAAUACAACGAUUGCACCAAAUAUCUGGGCAGUCCAUCAUGAUUCCAGAUACUUCGAAAAUCCGAGAGAAUUUCGACCUGAAAGAUUUCUUGACCGUGACCGAAAAUUCAUCAAAUCAAAUCACGUGAUCCCAUUUUCUAUUGGAUCUCGACAUUGCCUGGGUGAACAACUGGCCAGAAUGGAACUCUUCAUCUUUAUAACCGGGAUUCUUCAGAAGCUGAAAGUAUUGCCGAAUCCACACAAACCAUUACCAUCAUUUCAUUCCGGGAUCGACAGUUUAAUAACUUACGAAGCCCCUGAUUUUGAUGUAGUUUUCGAACGGCGUAAAUGAUUUGAAUUUCCAUUUCUUGACGUUUUAUAACUAUAGAAAAAUAUUGAAAUAGCCUAUUAGCGACAAUAACAAUCUUUAGGGUGAUUAGAAAGACAUAAAGCUUGAUCAAUGAGUAAUUAUUAGUUAAUUUUUGUACUAGGCUAAAACACACUUUGUAAAAACAGAAUUCGAAAUGAAUUUAAAAUAAAGGUUAACAUGAACUUAAAACGAUUUGAUUGAAAUAAUGUGCAAUUGCGGUGUGUAGUUUGCGAAAUUAGGCUUUGUGUGAGAGAACAACUCGCAAAGAUAGACUUUUUUUUCAACUUGCAUGAUACAAAGAAUAAGGGUUAUGUUAAUCCAGACAAGAUCCUCCCUUUUCAUAUGGUAUUUGCGUUCAAACAUACAAAAACUUGAAUUUGGUGCUUAUUACAAAAGAUGCUUUGCUUUUUUUUGCAAAAAAUAUCAGAUAACUUCUGUCCUGUUAUAUUUACAUGCUGUUAUACUGUUUACAAAUUAUUCAAUCAUGUAUGGUCACUUGGUUGCUGGGCAGGAGGCUCAAAAAUUAAUAUGAAACUAUAAAUAAAAAACUAUUUCUUUACAAACAAGUAGCCAAACUGUUACUGUACCACAAACAGGUAGUGUACCAAGUGGCAUAAAGAUUGAUAGGACCGGUGAAGCGUACUGCAUGCGUACAAACGCUUGUUUAAAUAAAGCAUCUUGUGCUAAGUCUAAAUCAGCUUGCUUGUAGGUUUGAAUCCGGGUAAGGGGAUCUGUUUUUGCAUUUGUUGAUCUCAACACUUCGGAUAGACGAGCUUCAGGUAUAUGUGUCUCGUUGUGUGCAUUAUAUUGGUCUUUGAUUGAAUCAUAUUUUGGUUUUAUGGUAUUUAUUUUAGCCCACGAUUUGUUGCGGUCACUUCGACGAGCCAAACCCGGCCCAUGUGCCCUAAUGUAAUCACCUCAGCUGUAUAGAGGUGUCGUUGUUCCAAUGUUACUAAACGCUACUUAAAACGCCAUAUAAAAUCAAUCUAGUGACGAUUUCGAAAUAACAGCAUUUUAGCGUGGAUGGGAUAAUGCUGUCAUUUUAAUCUUUAUUAAAUCCUAUUUUAAGACCCGGAGAAACAACUCAUCAUCACAACUAACCUGCGUACACAACAACUAUAAGACCAAUUAAAAAGACGUUCCAUCGAUUGAUUCAUCAUUCAUUCAUUAUUAUAUUCUAUUUACUUUUACGCGUUUUUAAGUAAUGGUCUCCUUUUGUCUACAAUAAGAGGUGUCUGUGUUUACUCACCUACAUACCUGUUUGUAAAAGGUUGAGUAAAUUAUAAUACUCGCUAAUCCGUGUCCAGUCUGAAUACGCUUUAAUAAUUAAGGUCACCUGUUGUGUUGUUUGAUACACCUCAGAGCAUUUUUUUUUAUUUUGGACAUACUUAUACAGACAAGUUGAUAGCUAACUUAAAUAGUCUGUACUAUUUGACGAUUUGGAUCAUUUCAAGGACAUUUGAGCAAUUUUAGAAGAUAAUAUUUGUCAAUGGUGUGCUUGUUGUAUCGAAUUAAUAUUUUGGUAUUGCCUCGUGUAACGCUAGUAUUUUAUAAAUAGAACUAAAGCAUGUAUCUAGGUGAAUUAUUGAAUUGGAAAAAGACUGGUAUUAGUAAUAUUGCAAUUAUACUG